AUGGCAGCGGCUGCGGGGACUUGGGCCUUCUCCCUCCCCGCAGUGGAGAGGAUGAGGGAGGGGCUGCUGCGAGGGGGCUCGGCGACUGAUUGCCUCCAGGAGGCGAUGCCAGAUAUAGAAAAUGACAAAAAGAUGGGAGUUUUCGUAAUAGGACAGGGAGGCUACCCAAACAAAGAGGGCAUCAUCCAAUGCGAUGCGGCAAUAAUGGAAGGGCAGCCCGGCCGUUUUGGAGCCGUAGCAGCUUUCCAUGGAAUUGGAACUCCUCUUGCCGUUGCUCGUAAGGUCAUGGAAGAGGCUCCUCACACUUUUCUAGCUGGAGACGGCGCUGUGGUUUUUGCUAAAGACCAAGGCUUCACAGUGGAAGACAACAGACGUUUGAUGAGUAAGCGGGGCACUGAGGCAUAUCAGGAGCAUUUAGAAACGGAAAAAAGCUUGAAGAAACAUGAUACGUUAGGUUUGAUCGCUUUGGAUAUCCACAGAAACAUAACAGUUGGGGUUUCUUCCUCUGGGGCUCCCUUUAAAUAUCCAGGAUGAGUGGGGGAUUCUCCGUUGCCAGGAUGCGGGCUGUUUGCUGAUAAAGAGGCUGGUUUGAAACGGAAUCCGCUGUUUGUCUUUCAGGGCUUGUCUCCUGUGGACGCAUGCCAGGCUGUUGUCCAGGAUAUCCUCCAACGAACAGGAAAGGAAAAGAUGUUUGAGCUCAGCAUAAUAGCCUUGAAUAUGAAGGGAGAAGUUGGAGCUGCUUCGUCGAUGGCAUUUCCAUACUGGGUCUGGGCUCAAGGGAAGGACUCUGUAGAGCAACUGACACACCAGCCGUGA